UAGUCUGUAAUUUUUGAGGUUCACAGUGUAUCUACAUCGCCUCUUCGUCGGCUAUUCGCAAUCUCUCUCAAAAACUCUCAUCACUUUGUCUCCCUCUCGCACCAUAACACUGAAAAUUUCUCCAGUCUUCUAUGGCGUUUUCGUCUCUGUUUUCUGCAUCCACUUUACAUUUGAAGCCGAUUCUCUCCUCUGGGCCCAACCACGAUUCGAAGAAGCAGCGUAACGCCAAGUCACGCAAGUUAAAGCCGCGUCGGAAUUACCCGCCGCCGUCUCUCUUCACCGCCGUGGAAGGCGGAGACGCCACCACAUUCACCCGCCUGCCUCCCAAAGAUGACUUUGGAUUCGAAAAUUCAGGUUCGCAGUCUCUCGUUCAAGUUGUCAAGCUUUCUGAUUCCAAACCGGCGGUUACCAAAUCGAAGAAAAUUAACGAAAACAUUGGGGAAAAAUAUGGCUUCGAUUCUAGCAAUAGUGUUGCUGAAGAUUACCGUCUAGGUUAUAAUGAUUCUGAGGCGAGUGAUGAUUCUGAUAAUUAUGGAAGAUUUGAGGUUUUUGAAGUAGGUUCAGAUGAUGAGGAUGUAGCUGAUAAUGAUGAUGAUGAUGAUGAUUUGAAUGAAAGCACUGACCUAAUUUUUUCUGAAGAAGAAGAAGAAGUAACGUUUAAGGAGAAAGGUAUUCCUGCAGUGAUGAGAUGUUUCGACAAGGCGAAGAUAUACGUGAAGGCAGGGGAUGGUGGGAAUGGAGUGGUGGCGUUUAGGAGGGAGAAAUUUGUGCCGUUGGGGGGGCCGUCGGGCGGCGACGGUGGCCGCGGCGGUAAUGUGUAUGUCGAGGCAGAUGCGGCGAUGAAUUCAUUAUUGCCAUUUAGGAAGAGCAUUCAUUUCCGGGCCGGGAGGGGAAGCCAUGGACAAGGGCAGCUCAAGCACGGCGCAAAGGGGGAGAAUGUAGUCGUUAAGGUGCCGCCGGGCACUGUCGUGAGGGAGAGUGGAGGAGAUGUGUUGUUUGAGCUGUUGCAUCCCGGGCAGAGGGCGUUGCUCUUGCCGGGAGGGAGGGGCGGGAGGGGAAAUGGCUCGUUUAAGUCGGGAACGAAUAAGGUGCCGCGGAUUGCAGAGAAUGGAGAAGAAGGGCUUGAUUUGUGGCUCGAUUUGGAACUGAAAUUGGUGGCCGAUGUUGGGAUAGUCGGAGCUCCAAAUGCCGGGAAAAGCACUUUUCUCAGCGUCAUCAGCGCAGCUCAGCCCAACAUUGCGAAUUAUCCCUUCACAACAUUGCUUCCAAAUCUCGGUGUCGUUUCCUUCGACUAUGAUGCCACAAUUGUAGUCGCCGAUUUGCCGGGGCUUCUAGAAGGCGCCCACCGAGGUUUUGGGUUAGGACAUGAGUUCCUUCGGCACACUGAGAGAUGCACGGUUCUGGUGCAUAUCGUCGACGGUUUGUCAGAGCAGCCUGAAUACGAGUUCGACGCUGUUCGUCUCGAGCUGGAGAUGUUCAGCCCCGAACUUGCGGAAAAGCCUUACAUUGUAGCAUUUAACAAAGUCGAUCUUCCGGAAGCUUCCGAAAAAUGGCCGUCGUUCAAGGAUGCUCUACUCUCCCGUGGCAUCGAACCUUUCUGCAUGAGCGCCAUCACUAGAAACGGCACGCAGAAGGUUAUAAACUUCGCCAACGAACUCGUCCAAAAAAGUUCUUCGGAUAAAAACGAAGGUUAUGAGGCUCCGAGAAAUUUGAAUUAUGUCGCGGAUAUGAUGCAGAAGCAACGAGCAGCUCCUAUCAGUGAGUUUGAGAUCUCGCACGAUGGCAGCACCAAUACAUGGCGUGUCGACGGAGCGGGGUUGCAGCGGUUCGUCCAGAUGACGAAUUGGAGAUACAAAGAUUCGGAGCGAAGAUUUCAGCAUGUUCUGGAGGUGUGCGGCGUCAACAAAUCUCUCAUGAGGCUCGGAGUCAAAGAGGGUGACACCGUUUUUGUCGGAGAGAUGGAGCUCGUGUGGCAUGAUGCUCCGGAUGGCUCAGGCCCGACUAGUCGGAGGAAAUGGGCGGCCGAAUCGGUGGAAUGACUUCUUUCGUGGCGGCUGUCCAGUGGCGUUGGAGUUCGACGGCUGCUGAAGUUCGAUGUGCCCGGCGGCGUUCUUGGUGCACGCUGGAAUUCUUGUGUGAGGAAAUGGUACAAUGCGACGGCGGCGGCGCCUGUAAGCUUUGUUUCCUUAAAUAGAUGAUUUUGGAUGUGUUUUUGUGUGAACUUUAUUUAUUUAGUAGCGAUUAUAUAUAGUCUACAAGUUUUUACA